CCUUCCGCUGCCCGAACCUGGAGCGUGCACGCAUCGAGACGCCUUGCGGGAGCGAGCGCGUUCUGGAGCCCGCGGGCCGGGAAGCGCAGCGGGCUCGGGGAUCCGUGUCUGCGGCUGAGGAAUCCAGGAUUGGAAAUAACAGUAGGGAGGACCUGGUCCAGCUCCCCUUCAUUUUACAGAUAAGGAAAUUGACACCUGGUCAGAUUACCUGUGGAACAUAAUGGAUUCCUUGGACCAUAUGCUGACGGAUCCCCUGGAACUGGGUCCAUGUGGAGAUGGCCAUGGUGCACGUAUUAUGGAGGACUGUCUCCUGGGCGGCACCAGGGUUAGUCUGCCUGAAGACCUUCUAGAGGAUCCUGAGAUCUUCUUUGAUGUGGUCAGCCUUUCAACGUGGCAGGAGGUACUGAGUGACUCUCAGCGCGAACACCUCCAGCAGUUUCUGCCUCACUUUCCUGAAGACAGUACUGAGCAGCAAAAUCAGCUCAUCCUGGCCCUGUUCAGUGGGGAGAACUUCCGCUUUGGAAACCCUCUGCACAUUGCCCAGAAGCUUUUCCGAGAUGGACACUUUAACCCUGAGGUGGUCAAGUACCGGCAGCUCUGCUUCAAGUCACAGUACAAGCGAUACCUCAACUCUCAGCAGCAGUAUUUCCAUCGGCUGCUGAAGCAGAUUCUGGCUUCUCGGAGUGACCUACUGGAGACAGCCCGGCGGAGCGGCCCUGCCCUUCCCUUUCGGCAGAAGCGCCUUUCACCAUCCCGCACUCCUGAGGAGCGGGAGUGGCGGGCCCAGCAGCGCUACUUGAAGGUCUUGAGGGAAGUGAAGGAGGAGUGUGGUGACACAGCCCUGUCAUCUGAUGAAGAGGCCACGUUGGAUUUACAAGAAAAAUUUUCUUUUGAAGAUCUCAGCUCAUGGCUUCCGAGCUCUCCAGCACGUUCUCCUAGCCCUGCGGUGCCCCUGAGGGUGGUGCCUACGCUUUCAACCACGGAUAUGAAAACUGCAGAUAAAAUAGAGCUGGGGGACAGUGACCUGAAGAUAAUGUUAAAGAAGCACCAUGAGAAGCGGAAACAUCAACCGGAUCACCCGGACCUUUUGACAGGAGACCUGACUCUCAAUGACAUCAUGACUCGAGUAAAUGCUGGCAGGAAAGGUUCUCUAGCAGCCCUAUACGACUUGGCUGUCCUUAAAAAAAAGAUUAAGGAAAAAGAGGAAAAGAAGAAGAAGAAAAUAAAAAUGAUCAAGUCAGAGACAGAGGAGUUGGCUGAGCCCCUGAGCAGUACUGAAGGCAUUGCACCUCUCUCACAGGCUCCAUCUCCGCUGGCCGUGCAGGCUAUCAAGGAGGAGCCUCUUGAAGACCUCAAACCUUGCCUUGGAAUCAAUGAAAUAUCAUCCAGCUUCUUCUCUCUUCUGUUAGAGAUCUUGCUACUGGAGGGGCAGUCUAGCCUUCCUGUGCUAGAGGAGCGAGUUUUGGAUUGGCAGUCAUCUCCUGCCAGCUCCCUCAAUAGCUGGUUCUCUGCGGCCCCCAACUGGGCAGAGUUGGUGUUACCAGCCCUGCAAUAUCUUGCUGGAGAAAGUCGUGCUGUACCUUCCAGUUUCUCUCCAUUUGUUGAAUUCAAAGAGAAAACCCAGCAGUGGAAAUUGCUUGGCCAGUCUCAAGAUAAUGAAAAGGAAUUAGCUGCACUCUUCCAGCUGUGGCUGGAAACCAAAGACCAGGCCUUCUGUAAGGAAAAUGAAGACAGCUCAGAUGGCAUAACCCCUGUUCCUCGGGUACCCCCAGAACUUUUUCAUCUUAUAACUGGAAGUUUGUGCCCUUGGAGCAACAGCCGCCCAUUUCUCCCAUCUGCCAGCUCCUGGACUGACUAUGUGGUGCGGCCCAGCACAGGGGAAGAAAAACGAGCUUUUCAAGAGCAGGAACGUUACAGAUAUAGCCAACCCCAUAAGGCGUUCACCUUCCGCAUGCAUGGCUUUGAGUCUGUAGUGGGGCCUGUGAAGGGUGUGUUCGAUAAGGAGACCUCGCUCAACAAGGCUCGGGAGCACUCUCUGCUGCGCUCUGACCGGCCUGCCUAUGUCACCAUCCUGUCUCUUGUUCGAGAUGCCGCCGCUCGGCUGCCUAACGGAGAAGGUACUCGGGCAGAGAUCUGUGAAUUGCUCAAGGACUCACAAUUUCUUGCACCAGAUGUGACCAGCACUCAGGUUAAUACAGUAGUAAGUGGUGCACUGGAUCGGCUGCAUUAUGAAAAAGACCCAUGUGUGAAAUAUGACAUUGGACGGAAGCUAUGGAUCUACCUGCAUCGUGACCGGAGCGAGGAAGAGUUUGAGCGAAUUCACCAAGCACAAGCAGCUGCAGCUAAAGCCAGGAAAGCCCUUCAGCAAAAACCCAAGCCGCCAUCCAAGGUGAAGUCCAGUAGCAAGGAGAGUUCAAUGAAGGUGCUUAGCAGUGGCCCUUCUGACCAGAGCCAGAUGAGUCUCAGUGACUCCAGCAUGCCACCUACUCCAGUCACACCUGUGACCCCCACAACUCCAGCUUUGCCUGCCACUCCUAUCUCCCCUCCGCCUGUAUCGGCAGUCAACAAAAGUGGCCCUACUACUAUCUCAGAACCAGCUAAAUCUAACUCAGGUGUUCUUCUGGUAUCUUCCCCGACAAUGCCACAGCUAGGAACAAUGCUUUCUCCAGCUUCCAGUCAGCCUCCACCAAAUUCUCAGGCUGCUGCCCGUGUUGUGAGCCACUCUGGCUCGGCCGGACUACCCCAGGUACGGGUGGUAGCCCAGCCUAGCCUGCCUGCUGUUACUCAGCAGUCAGCAGGGCCGGCACAGACACUGCCACCGAUGCCAGCAGGACCACAGAUUCGAGUUCCGACCACUGCUACACAGACCAAAGUCAUGCCCCAGACAGUAAUGGCCACCGUUCCAGUCAAAGCUCAGACUGCAGCGGCCACUGUGCAGCGACCAGGACCUGGGCAGACGGGACUCACAGUGACAAGCCUCCCUGCCACAGCCAGCCCUACAAGCAAGCCAGCCACGAGUUCUCCUGGGAGCUCUGCUCCGAGUGCUUCCACAGCCACUGUCAUUCAAAAUGUUACCGGACAGAACAUUAUCAAGCAGGUGGCAAUCACUGGGCAGCUUGGUGUGAAGCCCCAGACAGGCAACAGCAUUCCACUCACAGCCACUAACUUCCGUAUCCAGGGUAAGGAUGUAUUGCGUCUGCCACCCUCUUCCAUCACCACAGAUGCCAAAGGCCAGACGGUUCUGCGAAUCACACCGGACAUGAUGGCCACGUUGGCCAAGUCCCAGGUUACCACAGUCAAAUUGACCCAGGACCUCUUCGGGACAGGAAGCGGUACAACAGGCAAAGGCAUCUCUGCUACUUUACACGUCACUUCCAAUCCAGUCCAUGCUGCUGAUAGCCCUGCCAAGGCCAGUUCAGCCAGUGCCCCUUCAUCCACUCCAACAGGUACCACUGUGGUCAAAGUGACUCCUGACCUCAAGCCAGCAGAAGCCUCGAGUUCAGCUUUUCGUUUGAUGCCAGCACUUGGUGUAAGUGUGGCAGAACAGAAGGGGAAAAGCACGGUGGCCUCUUCAGAAGCAAAGCCAGCUGCCACAAUCCGCAUCGUGCAGGGCCUCGGAGUGAUGCCUCCCAAAGCAGGCCAGACCAUCACAGUUGCAACCCAUGCCAAGCAAGGGUCCUCAGUGGCUAGUGGUUCUGGAACUGUUCAUACUUCUGCAGUGUCCUUGCCCAGUAUGAAUGCUGCUGUAUCCAAGACUGUGGCCGUGGCUUCUGGGGCUGCAAGCACCCCUAUCAGCAUUGGCACAGGAGCCCCCACUGUGCGGCAGGUCCCUGUCAGCACCACAGUUGUUUCCACGUCCCAGGCUGGGAAGCUACCGACACGGAUCACAGUUCCACUCUCUGUGAUUAGCCAGCCUAUGAAGGGCAAAAGUGUGGUCACAGCCCCCAUCAUCAAAGGCAACCUUGGAGCCAACCUCAGUGGGUUGGGCCGCAACAUCAUCCUUACCACCAUGCCAGCGGGUACUAAGCUCAUUGCCGGCAAUAAGCCUGUCAGUUUCCUCACUGCCCAGCAGUUGCAGCAGCUUCAGCAGCAAGGUCAGACUACACAGGUGCGCAUCCAGACUGUCCCUGCGUCCCAUCUUCAACAGGGUACAGCUUCUGGUUCCUCCAAAGCAGUCUCCACUGUUGUUGUGACCACAGCACCAUCUCCUAAGCAAGCACCGGAACAACAGUGAUUCCGAGAGAAAGAUGGCUUUCAGAAAAGCCCAUACCUGGUCUGCCCUUCUGGCUAAAACGAAGGGAGCAGGGAAGUUGCAUCCUUCCGCUAAGCUUGUCUGUCUAAGGAAGGCCAGUAGUGGGAUGACGGCAGCAAUGGCUGGGAUUCUGCCACCACACUCCACAGUGGAGGACACUAAGGAAGGUUCACUCCAGGUCUGUUCUGUACUGAUCCAGGAGAAGCUUCCCUCAGAAUUGUGUCAGGUCUCAGUUGUAUCACACAAGCCAAAGUUAUCUCCUGCGAGCAAGAUGCUGAGGGAGGGCUUACAGUUACAGAAUGCGGACAGUGAAUAAGCGUCGUUCUAUAUGUGGAUCAUAUUUUUUACCUUCUGGUCUUCUCUGGGACUAGUGGUCUGGAUAGGAGUUUUGUGUCCAAAAAUUUUUAUGUAACUUAUUUUUUUAAAGUACCUAUUUUACAUCUUUGUCAAAAAGAAACCUGGGCUCUAGCCCCACUAAACUGAUUCCUUAUUCUUUUGACCAGAAUGAGAGAAUAGCAAGAUUCUUACAAAUUGGUGACUGACUUGAUAACUACAUAGUAAUGGAGAGGCUUUAAGAUGAGAAAGAAACAUAAGAAGUGAGAUUCUAUGGGGUCCCUGAAAUGGGAUUAGUUGGCACUACCUCUUAAAGGUGGGGUAUCAGGAUCCUGACUGGUCUAUAUCUUCACCAGCUAACUUUGUUCUCUUUGUCAAGUAUGUUCACAUGCGAGUUCAGAGCCAGUGGACACAGGAGGUGAAUGCCAGCAGAGAUGCUGCUUUUGCAGCACACACUUUAUUUCAGUUCAAAGGUUAUACAUUCUGCUUUGUUUCAGAACAAAAGACAGCAAAGCAUGGCCCUUGGGCUGGCUACCCAUUUUUCUAAAUAAAGUUGUGUUAGAACACAGCCCAUGCCCAUUUGUUUAUGUAUUAUCUGUAGUUGCUUUCAUUUUAAAGGCAGAACUGAAUAGUUGCUGUAGAGACUACGUGGCCCUCAAGCCUAAAGUACUUUUUAUAUGGUCUUAAGAAAAACUUUGCUGACUUCUACUCCAGAAUAGAGAUAGCAAGAAGAGAGUGGAUAUUCCUCUUAGGCAACCACAGAAGAGGGCAGUCUGGAUUUACAAGUCAUUCAGUCCUGGCUAUUUCACACUUCUCAGCCUUCAUCAAACUACAAGCAGAGCUCUGAACAAAGUUUUUAAAUGUCAUUUAAUUAAAGCACUGGUUGUAUGCCUCUUUUGUUUUGGAGCAGGGGUUGGAUGGUGAAGCUUUUCUGCAGUGACAGGGCUUCCCUGUACCUUGAAAUUAUCCAGAUUAUUAAAAACAUAUCUUUACUCUGGAAGUUUAGUGAUAUGUUAUGGGGCCUGGGUGAGGAAGUUGAAUUGGAGGGCAAAGAAAUGGAGUGGCCUAGUUUAGAGGGGGUUGCUGGGUGGAAGUUGAGUGUGAUUAGGCAAGUAGCAGAGGAGGAGAGAUACCUUGUUGGCGACACAGGUUUUGCAGACAUCACGUUCGAUUCUUAAAGCAGCUCUGUAAAAUAGAUAUUAUCAUCCCUGUUUUAAUUGUGAGAAAAUGCGAGUCUCAGUUGAUGUGAAAGAGAUCCAAGAUGUAAAACCAGUUUUCUGAUUCUAAGUGCCCUUUCUGCUGCCUUCUUAAGAGGAUACAGUGAUGUGUCAUGGUGAGACUUGGGGAAAAUCCAGCAUUAAGAGUGGUGGGCCUGGAUUACAAAGAACAGAGGUGAAUUGGCUAAGGUAGGAUUGGGCAUUUGAGGGGUAGUAGAAGGCUGGCACAGAAAAAAGAUUGGUAAUGAUGAGAGAGAAGGACUGCAAUGAAGGAAACUUAUAUUUUGAUAUCCACAUGUCAUUUCCUGGAGUUCGAUUUCACAUGAAAAGUCCAUGUGACAGUUUCUAAAUGAGAAAAGUAGAAAUUUGAGGAAUGCUGUCUUGGGUAUUUACUGCUGGUUAAAACAAACACCCUCUGAAUUUAUUUAACAAAUUUCAUUAAAGUAGCUCUGGCAUUCAGCCCGAA